AUGCGGCUCUUCGAGCUACCGGCAUCGUCGGCCAUUGCCGCGUGCCUCCUCACCCUCCCUCAAUUAUCAUCCGCCUUCUACCUUCCCGGCGUAGCGCCCACAUCUUACAAGCAGGGAGACUCGGUGCCUCUCUAUGUCAACAGCGUCAAGCCUGGACCUGGAUCGAACACUGCCCGACUACACUCUGUCAUUUCUUAUGACUAUUAUAACCCCGCGUUCCAGUUCUGCAGACCGAAGAAUGGCCCCGAGUCCAUCUCAGAAAGCCUGGGAAGCAUCUUGUUCGGCGACCGGAUCAUGACGUCGCCCUUCGAGCUUCACAUGCGUCAAAACGAGACGUGUCUGGAACUGUGCCGGCAGCCCUACGAUCCUCUUCGGUUAAAGUUUAUCAAAACCCGAAUCCAGCAAGGUUAUACGCAUAACUGGCUUGUCGACGGACUCCCCGCCGGCCAACUCAAGGAGGAUACCGCUGAUGGAAGUACCUACUAUGGUCCUGGGUUCGAUCUCGGAGAGUAUCUUCCUGAAGAUGACAGCGCCUGGUUCCACAACCACUACGAAAUUGAAGUCGAAUAUCACCAGGUUAAGAACAAGGUGGUCGGGGAGACUGAGCAGGUUUGGUCUAGAGUCGUCGGCGUUACCGUUUAUCCUGAAUCAAGGGACUAUGGCGAGAAUGGCCCGGGAAGUGACUGCAACGCAGUUACGCAGCCAAUUGUGCUCAGGGAAGAUAUGCAGGGCCUGAACAUUCAGUUUACCUACAGCGUGACUUGGGUAGAAUCCAAGACCGUCUGGGCAACCCGAUGGGACAAGUACCUUCAUGUCUUUGAUCCCAAGAUUCACUGGUUCUGGCUUAUCGACAUUGCUAUUGUCGUCGUUAUCCUUGUCCUGACCGUCAUGUCGAUUCUUGUGCGAACGCUUAAGAAAGACAUUGCCAGGUACAAUCGCCUUGACGACAUAGAUUUGGAUGACCUUAAUGGAACAUCGGUUGUCGAAGAGGGUGUCCAGGAGGACUCGGGCUGGAAACUGGUCCACGGAGAUGUUUUCCGUAACCCGUCUCGGCCCCUCCUCCUCUCGGUUUUCUUGGGCAAUGGUGCUCAGCUUUUUGUCAUGACGGGGUUCACGAUUGUCUUCGCACUUCUUGGUUUCCUUUCCCCCUCGAACCGUGGGUCUCUAGGCACGAUUAUGAUUCUGCUCUACACGAUUCUUGGGUUCGUGGGCGGUUAUGUCUCUGCUAGGAUCUACAAGUCUAUGCAAGGAGAACAGUGGAAGCUCAACAUUGCACUGACGCCUACUCUCGUUCCCGGCGUCGUGUUCUCGUCGUUCUUCUUGCUGAACCUGUUCCUUUGGGCGAAGCAGUCCUCCGGUGCCGUACCAUUCACGACUAUGCUCCUUAUUGUUGCGAUUUGGUUUAUCAUCUCGAUUCCACUCUCUUUCGUCGGAUCGUGGCUCGGCUUCCGGUCGCCGCCUGUUACGGCACCGGUUCGAACGAAUCAGAUCCCCCGUCAGAUCCCGCCUGGCCCUACUUACCUCAAGACCUUCCCCAGUAUGGUUCUUGUUGGUCUCUUGCCGUUUGCGGCCAUCUUCGUUGAACUUUACUUUAUUAUGAGUUCUAUUUGGUUUAGCCGGAUUUACUACAUGUUCGGCUUCUUGUUCGUUUGUUACGUCCUGAUGAUCAUGACAUGCGCUUCGGUGACCAUUCUGAUGGUCUACUUCCUUCUCUGCUCUGAGAAUUACAAUUGGCAAUGGCGGGCCUUCCUCGCAGCUGGCAUGACUGGAGGCUACAUCUUUGCUAACUCUAUGUUCUACCUGGUCACCAAGCUGCGGCUGAGCAGCCUGGCCGGCGCUGUUCUCUACAUGGGGUACAGCGCGUUGAUCUCCUUCCUCUUCUUUAUCCUUACAGGUACCAUCGGAUAUUUUGCCAGCUGGUGGUUCGUCCGACGCAUUUAUGCCUCUAUCAAGAUCGAUUAG